GUUAUUUAUAAAUAAUUUUGCUUUGAAUAAUUUAUAAUAAUAAACACACCAAAAUGCAGUCAGAAUCAGAGAUAUCAGAAUAUGAUGAAAAGAAAUUUGUAAUACCAAAAUAAACAAAAGACUUGAAAGCAUGUUAGUAAUGUGGAAUGGUUAUGACAAUGGAACAAUGGAAUAGAGAAGUAGAAUGUCCAAACUCUUGUAAUGCUUCUUAGACAAAAUUAUUUUCAGGGUAAAAUUUAGUUAUAAAUAAAAAUAGUUUAAUAUGUGUAUUGAAACCAUCUUAAAGUUGGGUAAUGAGAAAAUUGGGAAAUCCAAGAAGUAUUCAUCCAGGAUUAUAUGCAAUAGAUGUAUAAGCAGAUUGA